CAGCGGCUGUCACUUUACCAAAAGCCAAGUGCUUAUCACUUCCUGUUGCUGCCGGUUGAAGCUGCGUGCCCGCCUAGCAGCCAGGAGCAGGCGCGGCGGAAAGCCGUAACGACGCGCGCUGCAGCGCGCUUGUGUGUAACCGUUCUCCGGAUUCCCCGCUGCUCCUGAUUUUCCCAAUCUUAGUGACUAGCGCUGCUGCGCCAUGGCCGAGCACCUGCAGGUGGCGGAUGCUGACACGGCAGCAUUACAAGCGCGGCUCGACGCGCUGGAGAGCGAGACGCACUCGCUGCGCGAGGUCCUCACGGAGCGGCUCAAGCGCGACUCCUUGGACGAGGCCCUGCCGACGGGGCGCGGGCAGCGGCGGUCGCGCGACAAGCCGCGAGGUUCGAGAAGUUCCCGCGGCUCGUUUGAGCGAAGAUCGCGGUCGCCGGAGCCGCCGUCGGGCGGCCGGUUCCGGUGGGUCCGCGGCGACGACGACGCCAAGAGUUUGGCGCGACUCGUGGUCGGCGCCGCGAUGCCCGACGCCGUCGUCGGCUUCCCCGUGGACCUGCACGCGAAGUACGAGGCGAACGUGAAUACGGCGCUGAAGGGCGUCGCGAUCGCGGCGCGGCGCUGCCUCGAGGACCGCGACUUACAUUUAGCCUGCGCGCCGCGGUUCCGGGACAACCGCAACGAGCUCACGGCGAGCGUCUACCCUCUUCUGGAACGACCUCCCGACCCGGACGCGCCCGACGUCGAGGUCCUGACCGUCGCGCGCGCGACGGACUACCGCGUCCUUGCGGGUGCGGUCGCGAAGCGCGCGCGCGACGGGCAAACUUCUCGGUUAAGAGCCAUCGGCGCCGCCGCCGUGUUUACCGCUGCUAGAGCGGUCGCGACGGCGCGCGAGUACCUGGCCGACGACGCGACGCGCUCGUCGGUGGCCUGCGUGCCGCGCUUCGCAACCGUACAGUUCGACGGCCGCGCGGAAGAGACGACGAUCCUCGAGGUCGUCGUCUUCCGCGUCGCCGUCGACUCCGACGACUAGCUCGAGCCGGUCCGCCGCGGGACUGCCCCCCUCUGACGGGGGGGCAGUCUAACCCCGCGGCGCGGCGCUCACCCUACUGCCGGCGUCUCUCGACGAGGCGCCGCUCCUCACUGCUGCCACGGCCCCGUCACACGACGGGGUCCCUCGCUCACUGACUACUUUCCGGGCCCCGUCGCUACGGCGCGGCCCGACGACCACUCUCACGACGAAUUCCACUUCCACUACUCCGUUCGGCGAUCGACGUUUUGUCCAACACAGAUUGGGGCAACCUCGAUUCUAAUUAAGAACUGCCUUGCUUG